ACGUCCCUGCGUAAACAGAACUUACAUCGUUUAAAUACAUCUUUAAAGUCAGCGUUUUCUCUAAAAAUGUCUGGUUAAUAAUUAACUCUGUGUUUUAUAUAUAUAUUUUGACAGGAAAAUGAAUUAGUUCUAGUGACUUGAUAACUAACGAAGAGUCGGAUCGUUUAAAAAGGAAAUGUCUGCUUUGCUACUGAUCUUCCUUGUCCGCGACCUCGUGUUUGUUUCUGCUGGACAGACAAACAUCACAGCUGAACCUGGACAUGACGUCUCUCUGCCAUGUAGAGCUGGACAUGAUGGAGACAUCGAUGUUGUGGAGUGGACCAGACCUGAUCUGGGGUCAGAAUAUGUUCUUUCAAACAGAGGUGGAAGCCUUGAUCCAGACGACCAGCAUCCAUCUUUCCAGAACCGGGUGGAUCUUCAGGACAGACAGAUGAAGGAUGGAAAUGUGUCUCUGAUUCUGAAGAAGGUGACGACUAAUGAUACAGGAACAUAUAAAUGUAGAGUCUUCCAGAGAAGAACAGGCAGGGACCAAGUGAUCAAGUCCAUCUCCACCAUCCAUCUGGAAGUUUCUCCUCCAGCUACAACACAGGAUGGAAGGAACCAGGAUGGAGGAGACAAGGAUGGAGGAGACAAGGAUCGAGGUAGUAGAGGACGUUAUGGACUGAUUGUGGGUCUUCCAGCUGCUGGGAUCAUUGGAAUCAUUGGGAUGGUUGUUGGUGUCUGCAUCUAUAAAAGAGUCCAGAAGAAGAACUCGGCUCCAUCAAGCAGCAGCUUCAACAGCAGAGAUGAAGGAGAAAAUGAAAAUGAGGCCAACAAUUUAUGUGUGGAAGCACCAACAGAUCAGGAGAAACACCAAAACUCUUAACUGGUUUCAGCUGAGAUUUCCAGACUGAAGAGAAAAUGAUUGAUUUAGUAAAAAGUGCAGCUUCUGAAAACAGAAGUAAAAAGUCUCAAAUGUAACCUGCUGCAUUUCAGACCCGAGUAGCAGGAGAACCGAGACUUUUCACCAAAGAGAACAUUUCUAAAUAUAUUUCACUAACAUGAAUUUCAUUUCAGAAGCACCAUCCCAGUAUGGAUCCACAGAUGCUGCAGACUCUUUAAAUCCCAGUUUAUGGACCACAGACUGGGUUUUAAAGAACACUCCAGUCCACGUGACUGGAAACAUGGUGGUUUCUGAUCUGGAUCAGGGUCCCAGUGAGGUUACUUCAGGGUCCGCUCAGACUUUUCAGAACCACGAGGCUGGUUCACGACUUCCAAACCCGUCAUAAAACCCAUUAACUGAGAAACUACAAGCUUUUCUGGAAAAAGGCAGAUGGACGUAGACGUUGAUGAUAAUUUACUGACGGGUUUGAGUCACGUUUCAGUUUUUUCUGAUGUUUUCAUCCUGGUAGAAAUGAUGGAUGAACGUC